AUGGCCAAGUCCACUUCUGCAUCAUGCGGGUCUUCCCAAGAGGAGGGGCUUUUUCGCCUGCCUGCAGUUGAUUGCAUUUCCGGCACAGACCCCUCGCCCUCUUCGGGCCUCCUGCGUGAAGGAGAAUGCACAAUACCUGUCAAACUUACCGAAAUCCGUGCGGCCCAGCGCACCUUCGAAGGCGCGUACAUGCGGACAGCCCUGUCGCAGUUCUCAUUCGCGCUCAUCAUCCUCAAGAUCUUCACCAGCGAGUUCUAUGCCAUCGGGGCAUUGUUUGCCGCGUACGGGGUUGCGGUCCUGGUCGUGGCAAUCUUCAGGCGGUACGAGGGCAACAAGCAAUUCUUUGACCAGGAGGAGUCCGACUCCGAGAGUGAUGACGGCGAGGUCGGGGAGCACAUGCCCGGCCAAGACGGCGGUGCUUCUCCCCGAGGUCGAAGGCGGGUCCAGAUGAUCAGGAAGAAAUUCCGUACCAGUGGAAAUAGCGUCACACUCCUAACAUUUCUGAGCUUGGGAGCAUACAUCACCCUUUUAGUGCUGACACUGAGGCUAUCCUCGUGA